AAAGGGUGAGUCCCUCCUCCAGCAGAUCAGGCUUUUCUCUUCGUGCGCACCGCAUCCCUGGAAAUUUGGUUUUUAUAAAUUAGACAAAAAAUCAAAUUUCUUUUGAUUUUUACGCGUCGGUUUUAGUCAAAGUGUCUUUUGUGAUGACUUCACUUGAAGAGUUUCAGCUCGUGUUUUGAAUCUGACCCUGUCUAAUAGACCUAUUCAUUCAUUUCUCAAUUCAUUCUCACUCAGCCUGAAUACACUUAAGGAUCCGUUUGCGUAAAAGAAGAAAUCGUCCGGACAUUUGCUGUUUCUUUUCUUCUUUUUGUACUUACUGAAAAGGAUUUUACAGGCAUCCUGCCACAUCUUUACAAGCAUGACAGCUGCCAAAACUGAGAUGAGCCGUUUCAAUAUCUGUCAUGAAGAAGACAACAGCAGUUCAAACAGCAACGAGUACACCCCAUACCAGGACUGUCCUAGAAAGGUCCCCCUGGGCGGCCAAUUCUCUGACAUCGAUGGAGAGAGUCAAAACUUCCUCCCCGAACACAACCUGCAGGGCAAGAAGAAGUAUGAGACUGAAUAUCACCAGGGCAAUGCUUCCUUUGGCAUGUCCGUCUUCAACCUGGGCAACGCCAUCAUGGGCAGCGGCAUCCUGGGUCUGUCCUACGCCAUGGCCAACACUGGCAUUGCCCUUUUUGUGAUUCUCCUCAUGGCCGUCGCCAUCUUCUCCUUGUAUUCUGUCCACUUGCUGCUGAAGACGGCCAACGAAGGAGGUGCACUGGUGUACGAGCAGCUGGGUUACAAAGCCUUUGGGAUGCCGGGAAAACUCGCCGCUUCCAUCUCCAUCACCAUGCAGAACAUCGGAGCCAUGUCAAGCUACCUCUACAUCGUCAAAUACGAGCUGCCCAUCGUCAUUGAAUCCUUUAUGGGAGUCAGCAACAAAGCAUGGUACACUAACGGUGACUACCUGGUGCUGCUGGUGACCGUUGCCAUUAUCCUGCCUCUGUCGCUGCUCAGGAACUUGGGUUACCUUGGUUACACCAGUGGUCUGUCCUUGCUCUGCAUGGUGUUCUUUCUGAUAGUGGUGAUCAUCAAGAAGUUCCAGAUCCCAUGCCCUCUCCCUGUGGACGUCAGCGCUCUGAACGAAACAUUAAGUAAAGUGCUGAACACCACCUUGUCCCACCUGAACACCACCGCCGUGGACUACAGCGAGGACGCUUGCACGCCAAAAUACUUUGUCUUCAACUCUCAGACUGUCUACGCCGUUCCCAUCCUGUCCUUCGCCUUUGUGUGCCAUCCUGCCAUCCUGCCCAUGUACGAGGAGCUUAAAGACCGUUCCCGCAGAAAGAUGCAGGGCGUUGCCAACGUGUCCUUCCUGGCCAUGUUCAUUAUGUACCUGCUGGCCGCCCUUUUCGGAUAUCUGACAUUCAACGUAAACGUGGAGCCUGAGCUGCUGCACACCUACUCCAAAAUCUACAAGGCCGACGUGGUCCUGCUGAUCGUCCGUCUGGCAGUGCUGACCGCUGUCACCCUCACCGUCCCCGUGGUGCUCUUCCCUAUUCGUACCUCCGUCAACCACCUCCUGUGCGCCUCUAAGGAAUUCAGCUGGAUCCGCCACACCAUCAUCACUAUUGCCCUGCUGGCCGGCACCAACGCACUGGUCAUCUUUGUCCCCACCAUCAGGGACAUUUUUGGCUUCAUCGGCGCCUCUGCUGCUGCCAUGCUCAUCUUCAUCCUGCCCUCGGCUUUCUACAUCAAACUGGUCAAGAAGGAGUCCAUGAAGUCCGUGCAAAAGAUUGGGGCCACCGCCUUCCUGCUGUGCGGUAUCGUGGUCAUGAUCGGCAGCAUGAGUCUCAUCAUCCUGGACUGGAUCCACAACGCCUCACCCAGCCCAGACGCUCCCGGCAACGGACACUAAAGGUCCACCUCUCCUGCUGUGGCCUGCCGAGGACAAAGAAGGCUUUCAGGGCUGGACAAGAACUCACUUAACGCUCGGCUUUGACCUCCUGAGCGACGAACCAUGCCAUUCCAAGAGAAUGUAUCGAAACUUUGUACAGUAUGCUGUUCUAGGCCACAAAGAUGGUGUUUUACUCGUUUUCUCUUUUUAUUGUAACUUUUUUUUCAUUGUCGUUUACGCUCGUUUUUAUUUUUUGAUGUUCUUUUUGUAGUAAUGGUACAGCUGAAAGCAAAUAUUUGAAGGUGCCUCAAAUCAGAGAUGGCGGCCGAGAGUUCAAAGUACAGCUCACACUCAGGUGCGGUGUUGUGUGUGGCUGUGACCUCGGAGCUCUGCAACAACUAAUCCGGCUGAGAAACGCAUGUUAAUCACCCAAGAGAUUGACAAGAGACAACCGACUUGAAAGUUCCUCCUCCUCAAAGGCAAUUAAGUUCCUUCCAACAUUUGUUGUUUUUCGUUUUUUUCCUUUGCCAAAAUUGUGUUUGUAAAGCAUGUCUGUAUAUUGAAAAGAACUUACUGUUCAGCACAAUUGUGGAGACGUCAGUUUCCACAGGCGAGGCCCACUACACCGCCUUUUCAGUAUUCGUACCUAAGGCUUUGUGACCUUGCUUAUAGUGUCAGCUUUCCCUCUAAAACCCAAUAUAAGUCAACAGAACCUGCCUUUUCAAACCCCGACACUGGGAGUUGCAGAGUAGCUCACAAGAGGACUCUCACAGAACUGUAUUUACUCUUUAUAACCUGCUGAAGAUCUGGUUGGAACUACACUACUGCUUUGAGAACAGGGGAGGCCACCCUGUCUCCCCAUUCAGGGGGGAGAGGGGGGAACUUAAAAUGUUUUUCUUUAUGGGAGAACACUUUGAAUUUGACCACAUGCAGUGGUUCUAAUAUACCUGUUAAACUUGCAAAAACAAAUUACAUAAAAACGGUUGCGCGGUUUUCUUCUUUCAAAACGUUUCACACUGAAGAACUUGAUAGGUCGAUGCGGACUUGUUUCCCGUCGAGUCGUGAACCUGUCAUUUGACAGUGCACUGUGCUUCCGACGCUAACUUAACACAUCACCAUACUGUUAUUGUCCAACAUCUAUUUAUGGAAGACCGUAAAAUCAAUGUAAUUUAAUCUAUUUUACUAUAUUUAUAUAAUAUUGUUUGUAUAUAUAUGUACAUAUAUAUAUCUAUUGAGUUCAACUGUACAUACACUUUGUUUUCAUUUCCCUCUUCUUUUUUUUUUACAAUAAUGCAUUGGAGCUGUAAAACAAAAGCGACCCCCCCUUGCUGGUGAAUUUGUGAUAUUGAAUUGGCUCCAAUACACUGGAACUGUUCACCUCUGAAUUAUCCUACUGUGUCGACUCUGUGAAAAUUGUUACAUGUUGAAGCCACUGACAUAGCGGCAGCAGUCUUGUUUACUCUUGACCCCUGAAUACGAACCCAGAUCAGCAACAUGUUCUGUAUGCACAUCUUGGUUGGAGAGUACAUUAGCCAUCUCUUGACUUCAGGAACAAAGAAGGCUUUUGCCACCAGUGUUACACUCUUGUUUCAAUGAAACACUAUGUAUAUCCUGUAAAUAAUGUCCAAUUAAAAAUCAAAGGUAAUCUA